GACGAGGAUGGCGAACCACCCAAUGGCGAAGCGAGGCGCCGGGGGCGGGGCCAGAAGGCCGGCGGCGGAGCAGGGCCUGGGAGCCGGCGGCUGCGGGGCCUCCGAGCGCCUGGAAGUCGGCUGCAGGGUCGGAACCCGCGCGCGAUCCUGCUCUGAGGCAACGGAGUAUGUCCAGGGGGCCUGCCCCUCCGUCCAGAUGACACUCAUGCCGAUGGCUUCAGUGAUGGCAGUGACUGAACCGAAGUGGGUCUCCGUCUGGGGCCGCUUCCUGUGGGUGAUGCUGCUGAGCAUGGUGUUGGGGUCCCUGCUGGCGCUGCUGCUGCCGCUGGGGCCCAUCGAAGAGCAGUGUCUGACCGUGCUCAAAGGCUUCUACCUGCUCAGGAGCAAGCUGGACAGGGUGCAGCAUGCCGUCACCAAGUGUACCAGCCCGUCUACAGAGCUCAGCGUCACCUCCGGCGAUGCGGCACUGCUGGCGGUCAGGACCAAGGCCUCUCCAGCUGGGAAGUUGGAAGCCAAAGCAGCUCUGAACCAAGCCCUGGAAAUGAAACGCCAAGGCAAGCGAGAGAAAGCCCACAAGCUCUUCUUGCAUGCCCUCCAGAUGGACCCAGACUUCGCAGACGCGCUCAACGAGUUCGGCAUCUUUUCCGAAGAGGACAAGGACAUCGUCCAGGCCGAUUACUUGUACGCCAGAGCGUUGACCAUCUCGCCCUACCACGAGAAAGCACUGGUUAACCGGGACCGGACACUGCCGCUGGUGGAGGAGAUCGACCAGAGGUAUUUCAGCAUCAUCGACAGCAAAGUAAAGAAGGUCAUGUCCAUCCCCAAGGGCAACUCCGCGCUGCGCAGGGUCAUGGAGGAAACCUACUACCAUCACAUCUACCACACGGUCGCGAUCGAGGGCAACACCCUCACCCUCUCGGAAAUCAGGCACAUCCUCGAGACCCGCUAUGCCGUGCCAGGGAAAAGCCUGGAGGAGCAGAACGAGGUCAUCGGCAUGCACGCAGCAAUGACGUACAUCAACACAACGCUGGUUUCCCGCAUCGGCUCUGUGGCCAUCGGCGACGUGCUGGAGAUCCAUAGGCGGGUGCUGGGUUACGUGGAUCCAGUGGAAGCUGGCAGGUUUCGGACGACACAGGUCCUGGUGGGACAUCACAUCCCUCCCCAUCCUCAAGACGUGGAAAAGCAGAUGGAGGAGUUCAUCCAGUGGCUCAACUCCGAGGACGCCAUGAACCUGCACCCGGUGGAGUUUGCGGCCCUGGCCCAUUAUAAACUGGUUUACAUCCACCCUUUCAUCGACGGCAACGGAAGGACCUCGCGCCUGCUCAUGAACCUCAUCCUGAUGCAGGCGGGCUACCCCCCCAUCACCAUCCGCAAGGAGCAGAGGUCUGAGUACUACCACGUACUGGAAGUCGCCAACGAAGGCGACGUGAGGCCGUUCAUCCGCUUCAUCGCCAAGUGUACGGAGACCACCCUGGACACCCUGCUCUUUGCCACAACCGAGUACCCGGUGGCCCUGCCAGAGGCCACGCCCAACCAUUCUGGGUUUAAGGAGACUCUGCCCGUGAGGCCCUAACCCCGGAGAGCCUCCCUUGGUGCCAAGGGAUGACCCAGUGGGAAGCAACACUUAGCGUUUCUAGAAACCUAGCCGUCUCCCGAAGCAAAAGGAGACCGAUUAGGAACUUAAGCGUUCUUUACCUCCAAACGUUUUCGUUAAAAAAGCGACAAAACUAAAUUAUUAAGCCCUGUCUUUAAGGUAACUUAUAACUCAGCCCAAGUUAUUUAUUUUCUUCUUUUGAACUAGUAAAUGUUGUGUGGCGUCCGCUGUCCAUGGUGGUGGCCCCAGUAGGCACUGGGGGUGCACCAGUGCGCUUUGUGUGACCGGAACACGGGUUCUGGAGCAGAAUUUGCACUCGGGUCGGGAGAGGCCGGGGGUGUGGAACGAGGUCUAGGGCCCCAGGAGUAACUCCUCCAAGUGUUUCUGUGAAACUGGCUGAGAGGUGCUGGGACUUCACCUGGGAGGUCAGCACUCUUGGUGCGAACCCGGUCCCGGUUCUGAGAAAUAAUGGAAAGCUUUCUUUCUGAGAGAGUUUUGCUCCCCUACAAAGAGAUGAGCGUUGUGACUAAUUCUCACUAGUAGGGCAGACUUUUGAGAUACAAAAUAAAAAAUGUUGACAACGUC